AUGACGCUCCAUUCAAUAAUAAUCCAAAAGCUACUAAGCACAAACGCACAUAUAGGGCGGCGAGUUGCAGCCCACCACUUCAAACUUUUCACUUAUGGAAUGCGUAAUCAGUUGGCCAUUAUCGACUCCGAUAGAACUCUCAUCUGUCUCCGAAAUGCUGCCAGUUUCAUUUCUCACUUGGCGCGUGAGGAGAAGGCGCGGUUCCUGUUUGUCAAUACGAACCCUCUGUUUGAUGAGAUAGUGGAGCAAAUGACAAAGAAAAUUGGGAUUUAUAGCCCUAGAGAUAAUAUUAUGUGGAGAAUGGGUGGUUUUUUGACUAAUAGUUUUAGUCCUAAGAAGUUUAGAUCAAGAAACAAAAAGCUUUGUUUUGGGCCAAUACAACCGCCAGAUUGUGUCGUGGUGCUGGAUACGGAGAGGAAGAGUUCGGUGAUUUUGGAGGCUGAUAAAUUGCAGGUUCCCAUUGUGGCCUUGGUGGAUUCAAGUAUGCCAUGGGAGUUUUAUAAGAAGAUUGCGUAUCCGGUGCCUGCUAAUGAUUCUGUUCAGUUUGUGUACUUGUUUUGCAAUAUAAUCACCAAGACAAUCUUGCUUGAGCGAAAGAAAUUGAAGGCACCAAGUGGUAACGAAGAGCAGGCUCUUUCCAACAAAGCAUCAAGCAAGGAAACCCAACAAAUCACGCAAAGCAAGAACAAGAGAAAUAGCUCUCCAAUUGACGAAGUGCUUAUUGUUCCUUAUCAGAACUUAGCACCUGCUUCUAAUGGUAACGAUAUUGCAGAAAUUAAGAAGCUUUUGGACAAGAUUGUUGUGGUGAAGUUCAAUGACACUUUGGGAACAGCUGUUGGGUUUAAUGGCCCUAAGUCUUCAAUUGGAAUUCGUGAUGGUUUGACAUCUCUUGACUUGAUGUCUCUCAACUUGAAAUAUGGAUGCCGUAUCCCUUUGGUGCUUAUGAACAAUAUCAGAACACAUGAUGAUUCUCUGAAGGAUUUGGAGAAAUAUUCCUCAUCAAACAUUGACAUUCUUCCUCUUAGUCAGGGCCAACAUCCUCAAAAGAACUCUUUCAGUGGACAGAGCAGGGCAGAUGAAUUGUAUCCAUCGGAUUAUGCUGCAGCCUUCCUUUCCCUAAUGAAAAGCAGCAGAACCCUGGAUGUGUUAUUAUCACAGGGAAAGGAGUAUGCACACGUGGUGAGCUCUGAUAAUGUAGCUGCUGCUGUUGAUCCAAGAAUCUUGAUUCAUUUGAGCCAAAACAAUAUUGAAUACUGUAUGGAGGUGACGCCAACCACCUCUUCUCUUUCAAAAAGUACUAUGGUCAAUCAGCAGCAAGCAAAGUUUGAGGGAAUAAAUUGGUGGGUUAAUUUAAAAGCAAUCAGGAAGCUUGUAGAUACUGAUGCCCUGAAGAUAGAUAACCCUUCUCUUUCAAAGGAAGUGGAAGGUGAUCAAAUUGGUUUGGAAGAAACAGUGGCUAGUUCGACAAUACAGUUAUUUGAUAAAGUCAUUGGCAUUAAUGUCCCUCAAUCUCGGUUUGUUGAACUAAAUGCAACAUCAGACUUGCUUCUCCUUCAGUCAGAUCUGUACUCCACCACUGAAGGCGUUUUAAUUCGAAACUCAGCUCGAGAUAACCCUGCAAAUCCAUGUAUUGAGUUGGGAUCUGAAUUUGAAAAGGUUAGCGAUUUCCGAAGUCGUUUCAAAUCCAUUCCUAGCAUAGUUGGAUUGGAUAGCUUGAAGGUAGCUGGUGAUGUGUGGUUUGGAGCUGGUGUGAUUCUUAAGGGGAGAGUAAGUAUUGUUGCAAAACCAGGGGUGAAACUGGAAAUUCCUGAUGGUGUAGUACUUGAGAACAAGUCAGAUAUAUAUGAACAAUCUGCUGAUGGCAUAUUAGUCAGGAAUCCAGUUAGAGCUAACCCUGAAAAUCUAACUAUUGGUAUUGGACCUGAAUUUGAGAAGAUAUAUCUUAUCAAACUGGAUCAACCCACUAAUCUAGUGGGUGAAGCCAUAACCCAGGGCCUUGGUCGGGUAAGGAACAAAAAAUUUAGCCAUUCCAUUGUGGCAAUGAGCAUGGAAGCUGGGGUUGGUGUUAUGGGAACUAAACUUGGAAUGAUGAGUUACUUUGAGGCUAAUGGGAAAGUUGUUCCAGUUACUGUGGUUGGAUUUAAAGAAGGAAAUAUUGUGACCCAAAUUAAGACUGAUGCUACUGAUGGGUAUGAUGCAGUUCAAGUUGGGUAUAGGAGGGUUAGGGAUAAAAAGCUCACAAAACCUGAAAUGGGUCAUUUGGAGAAGGCUGGAGUUAUACCCAUGAGGCAUUUGCAGGAGUUUAGGCUGCAAAGUCUUGAUGGGCUUGAGGUUGGGCAGAAGUUGUUGUUUGAGGAGCUUUUUAAGGAGGGUGAUCUUGUCGAUGUCUCUGGAAUAACCAUUGGCAAGGGUUUUCAAGGUGGUAUUAAGCGGCACCAUUUCAAAAGGGGUCUGAUGACCCAUGGUUCCAAGAGUCAUAGAGCUUUGGGAUCCAUUGGUGCCGGAACAACACCAGGUCGUGUAUACAAGGGGAAGAAGAUGCCUGGCAGGAUGGGUGGGACCAAGACAAAGAUCAGAAAGCUCAAGAUCGUAAAGAUCGAUAAUGAUCUUGGUGUUGUGAUGAUCAAAGGUGCCCUCCCUGGUAAGCCGGGAAACCUUCUGCGAAUGGCACCAGCAAAGAUUGUUGGGAAAAACAUACCAAAGAAUUAG